AUGUCUGCCCCUACCACAGCAGCAGCAGCAGCAGCAGCAGCAGCACGCACAGCAACGAAACCAAAAAAAGCGGAACCACAGACAGCAGUAGCAGCAACACAGAUAGCAGCAGCAGCAGCAGCACAAACAGCACCACAAGCAGCAGCGGCACAAAUAGCACCACCAGCAGCAGCAGCCCAAACAGCACCAACAGCAGCAGCGGCACGAACAGUACCAACAGCAGCAGCAGCACAAACAGCCGCGGCAGCAGCAGCAGCACAAACAGCCGCGGCGGCAGCAGCAGCACAAACAGCCGCGGCAGCAGCAGCAGCACAAACAGCAGCAGCAGCACAAACAGCAGCAGCAGCAGCAGCACAAACAGCAGGAGCAAUAUACCAGCCAAAAACGGCACCAACAGCAGCAGCGGCAUCAACACCCCAGUCGGCAGCAACAACAGUGACAGCAGCAACAGCAGCGACGGCAGCAGCAACAGCAGCAGCAGCAGGAACAGCAGCAGUAACACCAGCAGCAGCAACAGCAGCAGCAGCAGCAACAGCAGCAGCAGGAACAGCAGCAGCAGACCGUGGCAGAUAA